AUGGCCGACACCGACACUCUCCUUCCCCUGUCCACCCGCAAAGCGUCUUUGGACGCUACGCCCGAUGAUGUCCAAUUCUCCUCUGACAACGGCGACUACAGACCCGUCUGGACCCUCGCGGACGUCGCUCCUGUCGUGCUCAGAACCCUGUUUGGCGUGCUCCCCACGUUCCUGGCCUUCUGUUUGCUUACCUCCCCUUCCAUUCCCUCCCCGACGCCGCCGCUGCGGGUCUCCGGCCUCCGCGUUGGCCCGAACUUCGUCUCCGCCGUCAUCGCCAUGUACAUCCUGACCCCGCUCUGGUCGCUCCGUGCUGCACACCCGCCGCGCGUGCACAUCACACAGUACUGCCUACUGUGGCUCCGUCUGCUCUUCCUCUCGAUUGUGUUCUGCCUAGACCCCACCGAGAAGGUCACAGAGAACAUAUUCUUGCAGCUCGGCGUCUUCGAGUUCUUCUGCGCAUCCUGUGCGAAUUCGCUAGCCAUACUCAGCCCAGGAGUCGACGACGGCACGCCCAAGCACGUGCGGGAACAUCGUCUCGUCCGUUCGGGGCUCACGACGUUCCUCAUCAGCCCCGCGUACUUCUGGGCAUUAAAGCUCCUGGUGCUGUUUUACACGGCCGCCCCUGGCCAUGGCCCGCCUGUGUCGGAUUGGGCGGCCUGCGCAGUCCUAGCGAUUAUGGCGGUGGUAUUGCCGGUGUUAAUGUGGGUGGAUCACUCGGCACUGGCGGCAGUGCCAGCAACAGAAAAAGACGUUGUUGCAGAUGUGUAA